AUGUCAGCCGAUAACCAUUCCGCCCGCUGCCCAUCCAUAUGUCCCGCCAUUCCGCCCAUGCCCAUCCAUAUGUCAUCCAUAACCAUUGCUGCCCAUCCAUAUAUGUCAGCCGAUAACCAUUCCACCUGCUGCCCAUUGUCAUCCGAUAACCAUUCCGCCGCUGCCCAUCCUCAUCCGAUAACCAUUCCAUCCAUAUCCGAUAACCAUUCCGCCCGCUGCCCAUCCAUAUAUGUCAUCCGGAUAACCAUUCCGCCCGCUGCCCAUCCAUAUCCGAUAACCCGCCCGCUGCCCAUCAUAUAUAUGUCAGCCGAUAACCAUUCCGCCCGCUGCCCAUCCAUAUGUCAGCCGAUAACCAUUCCGCCCGCUGCCCAUCCAUAUAUGUCAUCCGAUAACCAUUCCACCCGCUGCCCAUCCAUAUAUCCGCUAACCAUUCCACCUGCUGCCCAUCCAUAUAUGUCAGCCGCUGCCCAUCCAUAUAUGUCAGCCGAUAACCAUUCCAUCCGCUGCCCAUCCAUAUGUCAGCAGAUAACCAUUCCACCUGCUGCCCAUCCAUAUAUGUCGCCGAUAACCAUUCCACCCGCUGCCCAUCCAUAUAUGUCAUCCGAUAACCAUUCCGCCUGCUGCCCAUCCAUAUAUGUCGCCGCAGAUAACCAUUCCGCCCGCUGCCCAUCCAUAUAUGUCAGCCGAUAA